AUGACGCUCCCGCCCCUUCUCGUCGGGAAAGUCUGCGCAAUAACCGGAGGAUUAACGGGGAUUGGACGGGCCAUAGCCAUCCUCUUCCUGUCCCACGGCGCCAAGGUCGCAAUCAACUACCUGCCGGCGCACAACAAGGAUGAAGAGCAUCUCCUGACGUCGCUGCGCACGGAGGCGUUUGAGGCCAUCAAAUCACGGAGCUCCUCCCAAUCUCCUUCUGGGUCCGUCCACAACCUCGACGACGUCCCGCUGCUGACGGUGCCGGGCGACAUCUCGCUGGCGGAGACGGGGCAAGACUUCGUCGCGCAGACGGUGUCCCGGUUCGGGCGGCUCGACACGUUCGUCUCCAACGCCGGAAUCUGCCAGUUCGCCGAGUUCUUGGAUAUCUCCCCAGAGCUGUACCGGCGGCAUGUCGACACGAACCUGUCCGGCGCGUUUUACGCCGUCCAGGCCGCCGCGCAGCAGAUGGUGCGGCAGCGAGACCCGCAGGGCGGAAGCAUCAUCGGCGUCUCGUCCAUCUCGGCGCUGGUGGGUGGCGCCCAGCAGUGCCACUACACGCCCACCAAGGCGGGAAUCCUCAGCCUCAUGCAGUCCACCGCCACCGCGCUGGGCAAGUAUAACAUCCGCUGCAACGCUCUGCUUCCCGGCACGAUCCGCACGCAGCUCAACGACGAGGACCUGCGCGAGGGGAGUGACAAGAAGGCGUACAUGGAGGGACGCAUUCCCCUUGGCCGCCUGGGAAUGCCCGACGAUCUGGCUGGGCCUGCGCUCUUCCUCGCCCAGCCAGAGUUGAGUGGCUAUGUGACUGGAGCGGCGAUUUUGGUGGAUGGAGGAGCGUUUGUGAAUUUUCAGUAA